UAAAAACAAUAAUCAAAUUUGCUAAUGAAUUAUUACAUCAAUUAAUGUCUGCGAUAACAUGUAAACUAUUAUGAUCAUAAUAAUUUUUCUCCUUUAAAAAACAUUAUAAUAAUUAACCUUUUUUGUAAAUUAAAAUAAAAACUGGAGUGGCUAUCCCCAUAAUAAUGGCCGUCACACACAAUAUACUCGCACCAGCCAAAUGAACCGGAAUUAUGGCGCAUUCAGUUCAGUUGCCGACCUGCAAUUGAGGGUAAUUCCGCGCCGCAUUUACUACUGCCUUUCUUCAGCCGGACCCAUUGGCGGAACCAUUUCCCAAAAUUGCCCCUUCUUGUCAAGACAAAUGGCAGUAAACGACCAGUUCUCACUUUAGGAAGAAGCGCCGCUCUCGUGACCUCCAGGGCUCUUUCGUAAAUAAGUCCCAAAUUCGACACCAUUUUAUCACAUGCUCACACAUCCAACGCACACUAAACCAACUAACCACGCCUACUCGCCGCUCCACUGUCUCUGCACAAAAUGGAAUCUGCUACGUUUCUCCUCCGUAUCUCUCUUUGUCUUCUCCUUUUCUUCUCUCUCUGCUCGAAAUCUGAAGUAGCCGCCGAAAAAGAUCUGGUUCAGUCGUCCUGCGCGCACGCCAGCUAUCCCACCGUCUGCGUCAAGACGCUGUCGGCUUACGCCGGCACCGCCGAGACGCCCGGCGAGUUGGCCGGAGCUGCCGUGAACGUCAGUCUCGGCCGCGCUCGGAAGCUCUCCGGCUACCUUUCCAUGGCGGCGGCGGGGCUGCGGAGCGGGAGCAAGAGGGUGCGGGCGGCCGUGAGGGACUGCUCGGAGCAGAUGUCGGACACGGUGGACGAGCUGAGGCGAACGCUGGGGGAGCUGAAGCAGGUGGCCAACGGCGGCGCUGGCAGCGGGCAGUUCCGGUGGCACAUGAGCAAUGCGGAGACGUGGGUGAGCGCGGCGCUGACAAACGAGGAUACCUGUCUGGACGGCUUUGAUGGCGUUGAUGGGAAGGUGAAGGCGGAUGUGAAGCGUCGGAUCAACAACGUCGCUAGGGUUACCAGCAACGCGCUGUACCUGAUCAAUCGCCUCGACGAUGCCCAUCCUUAGAGAUAGACGGUUCUGAUUCUAUCACUGUGCAGUAUCUACGAGCCUGCUGUGUUUGUUUCUUAUUUUCUUUUUUCUUUUUCUUUUUUCAGAACUUUUUUCUUGGGGUGUUUUAGCUCUUUUGCCGGACGCUGUAUGUACGAAUUUUCUUUGUUUUACUUUUACUGCCUCUAUAUGUUGUGAUGAAAAUUUGACUGCUUUUUU